AUGGCGGCCGCAGUCAAGGCCCUCAAUGCGAAGAUUCGCUCCAAUCCCGCGUUGGACUACUUCUGCUCUACCCACUUCUGGGGCCCAGCGUCAAACUUUGGUAUUCCGAUUGCAGCAGUGAUGGACACACGGAAAGACCCAGAGAUUAUCUCCGGUCGCAUGACCUGCGCCCUCCUCGGGUACAGCAGUGUCUUCAUGCGAUACUCGAUGGCCGUCACGCCGAAGAACUACCUGCUGUUCGCCAUGCACUUUGUCAACUUUGGCGCACAAUCAACGCAGCUCUACCGCUUCACCGACUACUGGUACAUGGGCGGAAAGGACAAGUCGGCGGCAAACAAGGCGAAGGAGGGUCUUGCGGGGGCGGAGGGCGCGCUUGCAGAUAUCAAGGAUUCGGCCAAGGGGCUGGCUGACGAGGCGAAGAAACAGGUGGAUAAGGUUACGAGAUGA